GCCGAGGCUGGGCUGCGGGAGGCGGCCGGGCGGCCCCGAGCCUCGCUCCGGCGACCAAAACAAAGGCAGCAUCCGGGGCUGGGUGGAUGCAAACAACCAUGAAAGACUGGGUUCUCUCCCUCCCCGGCUCUGCUGCUGCCGCCGCCGCCGCUCCUCCUCCUGCCGCCGCCGCCGGGAGGGCUCCUCUGUGAGGGGAGGCAGGGGCGCAGCUGCUGGGCGUGAACCCGAAAGGUGAGAGCCGGGAGCCAGCGAGGGGGCGGGCAGGCCACGAAAAUGUCCUCGGCCGUGGGGCCCCGCGGUCCUCGCCCACCCACGGUGCCUCCCCCCAUGCAAGAGCUGCCCGACCUGAGCCACCUGACCGAGGAAGAGAGGAACAUCAUCAUGGCAGUGAUGGACCGGCAGAAGGAAGAGGAGGAAAAAGAAGAAGCCAUGCUCAAGUGUGUUGUCAGGGACAUGGCGAAGCCUGCUGCCUGCAAAACACCAAGAAAUGCUGAAAACCAGCCCCACCAACCUUCACCGAGAUUGCAUCAACAAUUUGAAAGCUAUAAAGAACAAGUGAGAAAAAUAGGGGAAGAAGCACGACGUUACCAGGGAGAGCACAAAGAUGAUGCUCCGACUUGCGGAAUCUGUCAUAAGACAAAGUUUGCUGAUGGGUGUGGCCAUCUCUGCUCCUACUGCCGCACCAAGUUCUGUGCUCGCUGUGGAGGCCGCGUGUCUCUGCGAUCCAACAACGAGGACAAAGUGGUUAUGUGGGUAUGCAAUUUAUGUCGAAAGCAACAAGAAAUCUUAACCAAAUCUGGGGCAUGGUUCUUUGGAAGUGGCCCUCAGCAGCCAAGUCAGGAUGGAACCCUAAGUGAUACAGCUACAGGUGCUGGUUCUGAGGUACCAAGAGAAAAGAAAGCACGGCUCCAAGAGCGAUCACGGUCUCAGACACCCCUGAGCACGGCAGCUGCCUCCUCCCAGGACACAGCUCCUCCCAGCGCACAACCAGACAGGAGCAAGGGGGCUGAGUCCUCACAGCAAGCGGUGGGGCCUGAACAGAAGCAGGUUUCAUCCAGGUCUAGAAGUGAACCUCCAAGAGAGAGGAAGAAGACUGCGGGGCUCUCUGAGCAGAACGGCAAGGGAGCCCAGAAGAGCGAGCGGAAACGCGCGCCCAAGUCCUCCGUGCAGCCUGGAGAGGGGGCCGUGGAAGAACGGGAGCGGAAGGAAAGGCGGGAAAGCCGAAGGCUCGAGAAAGGGCGGUCACAGGACUUCCCGGACGUGCCAGAGAAACGAGAGGACCGCAAAGCGGCGGAAGAUGAGAAGCAAAGGAAAGAGGAGGAGUACCAGACCAGGUACCGCAGCGACCCGAACCUGGCGCGGUACCCGGUGAAACCGCCGCCCGAGGAGCAGCAGAUGCGCAUGCACGCCCGGGUGUCCCGCGCGAGGCACGAGCGGCGCCACAGCGACGUGGCCCUCCCGCGCACCGAGGCGGGCGCCCCGCCGCCCGACAGCAAGGCCGGCAAGCGCGCGCCGGCCGCCGCCAGGGCCUCGCCGCCCGAUUCGCCGCGGGCCUACUCGGCCGAGAGGACCGCGGAAGCCAGGGCGCCGGGCGCCAAGCAGCUCACGAACCACAGCCCGCCGGCACCCAGGCAUGGGCCGGUCCCCGCAGAAGCCCUGGAGCCCAAAGCCCAGGAGCCGCUCAGGAAGCAGAGCCGCCUGGACCCCAGCUCGGCCGUCCUCAUCAGGAAGUCCAAGCGCGAGAAGGUGGAGACCAUGCUGCGGAACGACUCCUUGAGCUCCGAUCAGUCCGAGUCGGUGCGGCCGUCUCCGCCCAAGCCGCACCGGUCCAAGAGGGGCGGCAAGAAGCGGCAGAUGUCGGUGAGCAGCUCCGAGGAGGAGGGCGUGUCCACGCCGGAGUACACCAGCUGCGAGGACGUGGAGCUCGAGAGCGAGAGCGUCAGCGAGAAAGGUGAUUUGGAUUAUUACUGGUUGGAUCCUGCUACGUGGCAUAGCCGGGAAACAUCACCUAUUAGUUCGCAUCCUGUAACGUGGCAGCCAUCUAAAGAAGGAGACCGAUUAAUUGGACGUGUUAUUCUUAACAAGAGAACAACCAUGCCCAAAGAAUCAGGUGCAUUACUGGGUCUGAAAGUUGUUGGAGGAAAAAUGACUGAUUUAGGACGUCUUGGUGCCUUCAUCACCAAAGUAAAGAAGGGUAGCCUUGCAGAUGUAGUUGGACACUUGAGAGCAGGGGAUGAAGUUCUAGAAUGGAAUGGUAAACCCCUGCCGGGAGCUACAAAUGAAGAAGUUUACAACAUUAUUUUAGAAUCAAAAUCAGAACCUCAAGUUGAAAUUAUUGUUUCAAGGCCUAUUGGUGACAUUCCACGGAUUCCUGAGAGCUCCCAUCCUCCACUGGAGUCCAGUUCAAGUUCCUUUGAGUCUCAGAAGAUGGAAAGGCCUUCCAUUUCUGUUAUUUCUCCAACAAGUCCUGGAGCUCUAAAAGAUGCCCCACAAGUCUUGCCAGGACAACUUUCUGUGAAGCUGUGGUAUGAUAAAGUGGGACACCAGCUGAUUGUAAAUGUUCUGCAAGCAACAGAUUUACCUACUAGAGUAGAUGGGCGUCCCAGGAAUCCCUACGUGAAAAUGUAUUUUCUUCCAGAUAGAAGUGAUAAAAGCAAAAGAAGGACCAAAACAGUAAAGAAAGUCCUAGAACCAAAAUGGAAUCAAACAUUUGUCUAUUCACAUGUACAUCGUAGAGAUUUUAGAGAACGGAUGUUAGAAAUAACUGUGUGGGAUCAACCAAGAGUACAAGAAGAAGAGAGUGAAUUUCUUGGAGAGAUCCUCAUAGAAUUGGAGACAGCACUUUUAGAUGAUGAGCCACAUUGGUAUAAACUUCAGACACAUGAUGAAUCCUCACUACCUCUGCCUCAGCCAUCACCAUUCAUGCCAAGGCGACACAUUCAUGGAGAAAGCUCUAGCAAAAAACUACAAAGAUCUCAGCGAAUCAGUGAUAGUGACAUCUCAGAUUAUGAGGUUGAUGAUGGUAUUGGAGUAGUUCCUCCAGUAGGUUAUAGGUCUAGUGCUAGAGAAAGUAAAUCUACAACAUUAACUGUGCCAGAACAGCAAAGAACAACUCAUCACCGCUCACGUUCAGUAUCUCCUCACCGCGGCGAUGAUCAGGGAAGGCCGCGUUCACGUUUACCAAAUGUGCCAUUACAGAGGAGUUUAGAUGAAAUUCAUCCAACAAGAAGGUCACGUUCUCCAACUAGACACCAUGAUGCCUCCCGAAGUCCAGUUGAUCACAGAUCCAGAGAUGUGGAUAGUCAGUAUUUAUCAGAACAAGACAGUGAGCUUCUUAUGCUGCCCAGAGCAAAACGAGGACGAAGUGCAGAAUGCCUACAUACAACCAGACAUUUUGUUAGGCACUAUAAAACAUUACCGCCUAAGAUGCCUUUGUUAGAGAACGGUUCUCACUGGAAUAUUUACAGUGAACUGCAGCCCUCUCUUGACAGGGCUAGGAGUGCUAGUACCAACUGCUUGAGACCAGAUACUAGUUUGCAUUCACCAGAACGAGAAAGGGGUAGAUGGUCCCCCUCCCUAGAUAGGAGACGACCUCCUAGUCCCAGGAUUCAAAUCCAGCAUGCAUCUCCGGAGAAUGACAGGCACUCCAGAAAGUCUGACAGAUCUAGCAUCCAAAAACAGACUAGGAAAGGCACUGCCUCUGAUGCAGAAAGGGUUCUCCCACCAUGCCUUUCUAGAAGGGGAUACGCAGCCCUAAGAGCGACUGAUCAGCCAGUCCUUAGGGGAAAACAUCCCGCUCGCUCAAGGUCGAGUGAGCACUCUAGUGUCAGAGCACUGUGUUCUACCCACCACCUUGCCCCUGGAGGGUCGGCGCCACCUUCUCCGCUUCUGACAAGAAUGCACAGACAAGCAAGUCCAACCCAUCCUCCUCCUUCAGACACAUCCUUCAGCAGUCGGAGGGGACGACAGCUCCCACAGGUGCCAGUGAGAAGCAGCAGUAUAGAACAAGAACAAGAAAAAUAUAACUCUUCCACAAAAGCAAGCUUAGUAGUGGAGGAGCGAACAAGACAGAUGAAAAUGAAAGUCCAUCGAUUUAAGCAGACAACAGGGUCUGGUUCUAGUCAAGAACUUGAUCGCGAGCAAUAUUCCAAGUAUAGCAUACAUAAAGAUCAGUACAGAAGCUGUGAUAACGUCUCUGCCAAAUCAUCAGAUAGUGAUGUCAGUGAUGUGUCCGCCAUUUCCCGAACCAGCAGUGCCUCACGCCUCAGCAGCACAAGCUUUAUGUCAGAGCAAUCUGAGCACCCCAGGGGUAGAAUCAGUUCAUUUACCCCUAAAAUGCAAGGCAGACGGAUGGGGACUUCAGGAAGAGCCAUCACGAAGAGCACCAGUGUGAGUGGGGAGAUGUACACACUGGAGCAUAAUGAUGGCAGUCAGUCCGACACGGCUGUGGGUACAGUUGGAGCAGGUGGAAAGAAAAGGAGAUCCAGCCUGAGUGCCAAAGUGGUUGCCAUAGUAUCUAGAAGGAGUAGAAGCACAUCCCAACUAAGCCAAACAGAGUCAGGCCACAAGAAGUUAAAAAGUACCAUCCAGAGAAGCACAGAAACAGGAAUGGCAGCUGAAAUGAGGAAGAUGGUAAGGCAACCAAGUCGAGAGUCUACUGAUGGCAGCAUCAACAGUUACAGCUCCGAGGGAAACUUAAUAUUUCCUGGAGUACGACUAGGAGCAGACAGUCAAUUCAGUGAUUUUCUUGAUGGAUUGGGACCAGCUCAGCUAGUUGGCCGUCAAACCCUUGCCACCCCUGCAAUGGGUGACAUACAAAUUGGAAUGGAGGAUAAAAAGGGCCAAUUAGAAGUUGAAGUUAUUAGAGCACGAAGUCUCACGCAAAAACCUGGUUCCAAGUCUACACCUGCUCCAUACGUCAAAGUAUAUCUUUUGGAAAACGGGGCCUGUAUAGCCAAAAAGAAGACAAGAAUUGCACGAAAAACCCUUGAUCCUUUAUAUCAACAGUCCCUGGUUUUUGAUGAAAGUCCACAGGGUAAAGUUCUUCAGGUGAUCGUCUGGGGGGACUAUGGCAGAAUGGACCAUAAAUGCUUUAUGGGUGUGGCACAGAUCUUGCUGGAAGAACUUGAUCUCUCCAGUAUGGUAAUUGGAUGGUACAAGUUGUUCCCACCAUCAUCCCUGGUGGAUCCCACACUCACUCCCCUGACCCGCCGGGCUUCCCAGUCAUCUCUGGAAAGUUCAACUGGGCCUCCCUGCAUCCGCUCAUAGUGAACUCAUACAAGAGUCAUUCCAGUGAAACUCUACCUUUCAGGAUAAUAAUCUGAACCAGAUAUUUCAUGAUCAAAAGCAUUGUUGGAGACAGACAAUCAACUUGUGUUUUGCCUGUAGUAGUUUUCAAUAAUAUGUCCCACUUGUUUAGAACCUGGCUUCAUAUGACAGAACAAGACAGUCUAUCAAAUUACAGUAAGAGUCAACAUGCUAGUGAGAGUCACUGAUGCUUCGAACAAACAGAAAAAGAGGAAACUUCAAAUACACACACACAAACACACACAUACACACACACACGCACCCCAAAUUGAACAAACUGGAAACUCUCACUCUGAAAAGUUGUAUUUUACACGUUUCUGCACAGACCACAAGCAGUGUUAUUUCCUUGGUGUUUGAGAAAUUUUGUUCUGUGUGUUUUAUUUGUGUAUUAUUUGUUGGGUUUUGGUUUCUUGAUCUGUUUUGUUUUAUUUUUCACUGUAUUUGUUAUUUCCACUAGUUUUUGGAUAUGUCAUGACAGGCCUCAUGAUGCUUACAAAGACCUUUCCUUUCUUUUCCCAAAAGCACCAAAGGGCUGAAGCAGUCUCUGUGGCAUCUCCCCAAAGUGUUCAACAACUAGGCAAGAUGAGGCCAAUGAAGGGUUUCACUGGCUUUCAUUUUAUAAUACUUCAGUCUUAUGUGUGGAAACCCAGAAAACAAAAAGUUAUCUUCUAAAACAAAUAAUCAUAGAAUCACUUUUUUUUAAUGAAGAAUAAUCUGUUUGCGUUCUAAAAAAGUAAUUUAUGUUUUCCAUUGUUCUCCAUGGAAGAUUUUUAAAGAAGUCAACCUGCAACAAAUGCUGGGAAUUAAAACUAACCACAUAACUGUACUUUGGAAACUCUCCUCAUAAUAACUUCUUCUUUCUGAUAUCUCCCCAAAAAAGUAUAUGCUCAUGUGUAUAAACCAUACUUUUGACUCCCCAAAAUGGUGACUAAAAACUAGAAACAGAUUUGAGCUGAAAACACUUACAGUUAUGCCCAGGCCUCUCGGCCAUGUCUCCACGUAGACAUACCCAUCUGCCCCAGAAAGAGCAUGGUAUGAGCUGUCCAGUAUUCCACUGGAAAUUCCAGUUGAAAUAUUCUGCACUAAAGUGAUGUUUUUAUCAAAUUUUAGUUUACAUUUCUUUGAGAUCGAUGCAAGCACAAAGCUUGAUUUUUUAAUGCAAAGUAUCUUACUUCUGGGGUGGGGGGAAUAAAACAGUCAAAUUUCAACUUGCAUUUUCUUCAUUUGAGUUUUUCUUGGCCUUGAAUUUCCCUUGUGACAUUCUGUAUAAGUGCUACAAACUGCAGACUCUGCAGAUGCAUUGAUAUGUUCUCCCUCCUUUUAUGAGUCAUUCAAUUUUUGUGAUCACACAAAUAGAGCAGCAUGACUUGGAACUGUUCAAAGCUGCAUGCACGUUUUGUAAAAAAAAAGAAAAAAAAGAAAAAAAAAGAAGAAAAAGAAAAGAAAGGAAAAGAAAGAAAAAGAAUAAAGAAAAGAAAAAAUGAAAAAAUAGGUUAUUUAAUAAUGUAUGUUAGUUCCACCUUAGGCCAGCUUGUAUGUUGCAUGUACUUGUACAGUUUGCUCGUUAAUUACUCUACUGAAAUAACCAAGAAAUCUAAGCCAUCCAUUUUUGUUAUAGACAUUUUGCAGGUUUUAGCCAUACUCCGUCUGUGAGUUUGGGGUGAAAUGUCUAUAGAUGGACUUUAUUUUUUACCCUCUGGAAAACGUGAUGUAGUAUGGACCAAAUUCCUUCUAAUUAAUAUUUUGGUGUAGAUUCCUACCGUGGGGCUGUACCACAUGUAGACACUGUGUUACACACUAGGUUUUAAUCCAUAGACAUACUGCCUGCACCAAGUGAAUUAUUUAUUAUUAUUUACACAUACCAGAAUUAUCUGCCCAUCAUUCCACAGGGCACAGAUUGACCACUAUACUCACCAUGCUGAGCAGGAAGAACUGAAGCAUUGGUGCACUUCUACUAGAUUCCGUUCUGUCUUAGUGGCCAACAAUCAACUAAUUAUAAUUGGGUAGUAUCUUUCUAUUUUGACCACUUGUCUUAACACUCCCCUGUGCUUUUAAAAUGAACAACUCAUGUAUGUAAACAUGUUUAAUAAAAUUUACUUUUCAUGUCAGUUGGUAGCCAUCUGUGUUCUAUGUUUUGCCAGAUUUCCAUUGUGGGUUCUAUGGUGCAAAAUGGGAGCCAGAUCAUGGGAAAAGGACGCUGAGAUUUGUUGUCUGCUGUGGGCAUUUGACUUGACUUGUCACUGCACUAUAUCUGUCUUAAUCUACGCCCAAAGGGUACUUUGCAUCACAUACAAGUUUUCACUUUGUUAGCCUGUCUAAGUGAACACAUGACUAUACUUCUGAAAAGUGGCAUUAUUAAAAACAAUAAAUCUCGGUAAGAAUCAUA